AUGGAGACCAAGACAGUGGGCAUUUUAGGAGGCGGCCAGUUGGGCCGGAUGAUCGUCGAGGCGGCCAGCCGUCUCAACAUCAGAACCGUCAUUCUUGAAAAGGGCACCGAUUCGCCGGCCAAACAGAUCAACUCCAGCAGAGAUCAUAUCGAUGGGUCGUUCAAUGAUAAGGACGCCAUUCUGCAACUUGCGCGUAAGUGCGACAUUCUGACGGUGGAAAUCGAGCACGUCGACGUGGAGGCGCUUAAGUUUGCCCAAAAGGAGACCGGCGUCGCAGUUUACCCGUCUCCAGAGACCAUUGCUAUCAUCAAGGACAAGUAUCUUCAGAAGCUGCACUUGUUAUCCAAUAACAUUUCUGUGGCCGAGUCGAUCGACGUCGAGAGCACCCAGGAAGCCCUGCAAUCUGUUGGUGCGCUGUAUGGGUAUCCGUACAUGCUCAAGUCGCGGACAAUGGCCUACGACGGAAGAGGAAACUAUGUGGUGAAGGAUGCGUCGCACAUCCCGGAGGCGUUGACUGUGCUCAAUGACAGACCAUUGUAUGCCGAGAAAUGGGCCCCAUUCACCAAAGAGCUUGCCGUGAUGGUUCUGCGGUCCGUUGACGGCCGCGUGUACUCGUACCCAACUGUCGAAACGGUGCACAGAAACAACAUCUGUCACACGGUGUAUGCUCCGGCCAGAGUAAACGACACUGUGCAGCAGCACGCACAGUUCCUGGCAGAGAACGCCGUGGCCAGUUUCCCCGGCGCGGGUAUCUUUGGCGUGGAAAUGUUCCUGCUCCCAGAUAACAAACUGGUGGUCAACGAGAUUGCUCCAAGACCACACAACUCUGGCCACUACACCAUCGACGCCUGUGUCACCAGUCAGUUCGAAGCACACAUCCGUGCCAUAACCGGCCUUCCUAUGCCAAAAAACCUUACUUGCUUCUCUACCCCAUCCACAAACGCAAUCAUGCUGAACGUCCUGGGAGCCUCCGUUCCUAACGAGGAGGUUUAUAUGUGCACCAGAGCCCUGCAGACUCCGCACGCGUCGGUCUAUCUGUACGGCAAGUCCACCAGACCGGGCCGGAAACUCGGACACAUCAAUAUCGUUUCGCAGUCGAUGGACGACUGCGAGCGUCGUCUCAGCUUCAUCGAGGGGAAAACCACAGCCCUCCAACAAAGCGAGUCUGCUGAUGUUGUCGGUACCUCCAAGAAACCGCUCAUUAGCGUGAUCAUGGGCUCCGACUCAGACCUGCCUGUCAUGGCUACCGGUUGCAACAUUCUGAAGCUGUUUGACGUUCCGUUCGAGGUGACCAUUGUUUCUGCCCAUAGAACCCCAGAAAGAAUGUCCAAGUUCGCACACGACGCGCCUUUGAGAGGCGUCAAGUGUAUCAUUGCCGGUGCCGGGGGUGCGGCCCAUCUGCCAGGAAUGGUGGCAGCCAUGACUCCGCUGCCUGUGAUCGGCGUUCCCGUCAAGGGCUCCACACUGGACGGGGUCGACUCGCUGCACUCGAUCGUCCAGAUGCCAAGAGGUGUCCCUGUGGCUACCGUUGCCAUUAAUAACGCUACCAACGCUGCUCUGCUGGCUAUACGUAUCUUGGGGGCCUCCAACCCGGAGUACUUUACAAAGAUGGCCAACUUCAUGAACAACAUGGAGGACGAGGUGUUGAAGAAAGCCGACAAGCUCGAAACAAUCGGGUACGAGAACUAUCUGUCUAAAUAG